CUGGAGACGGAGCUCGCACACCGAAACCAAGAGUUCCACGCCCAGGGCCUUAAGCUGCAGCAUCUCCAGAAGGAACUGGACGCCAAAGUGGCCCAGGUGGAGAAGCUGCAGGAUGCCAUCCAUUACAACGAGAGUCUGGGCCGCUUUCACCAUUUCAGCGUCAUCAACCAGGCCCCGGCUCAGUUCCACCGCAGACUAAAGGCAAAGGAGGGCGUGUCCGCAGAACCCACCUCAGAGCACUUCAAAACUCAAUAUGUUUUUUUAAUUUUUUAUUAUUCCAGCACCAGGAAACUCCUGAAUGAUGCCAUCAUGAGCAACGACUUCCUGAAGAAACUGGAGCCCCAGCACAUGAGGGAGAUGGUGGACUGCAUGUAUGAGAUGGUUUACGUGGAGGGAGAGCUGAUUAUCCAGGAGGGGGACGCUGGAAACCACCUUUACGUGUUAGCAGAAGGUUUUCUGGAGGUCCUCCAGAAUGGAAAGCGUUUGGGGGAAAUACGGCCUGGCGCUGCUUUUGGAGAGCUGGCCAUUUUAUACAACUGUAAGAGAACAGCAACCGUCAAAGCUGUGGUGCAGUCCCACAUCUGGACUUUGGACCGCCAGACUUUCCAGGCCAUCAUGAUGCAGACCACUCAGGCCAAACACGAGGAGUACUUCAGCUUUUUGCGCAGGUACCAAUGA